GCCGAGCGUGUGUGCCCCCGAGUGGCUUUCCCUCUGGCUGUGUUCUGGGGGGCUGUUGCGUGCCCAUCGGAGGGGCUGUGUGCAGGUACUGGCCCAGGCCCUGACUCCCUGAAGAGAGAUGAAGAAACCGAGAUUCAGAGAGAUUCAGACACUUGCCCGAGCUCACACAGCUAGUUCAGGUCUUACUGUCCACUUCUUCCACCUUCCCACUGCACCAUGGCUCCGGGCCCCUUCUCGACGCUGCUCUCACCACCGCCUGCUGCCCUCUCCUUUCUGUUGCUGCUGUGGGUUGGGGCAUCUCGUGGUCAGCCCUGCCCUGGCCGCUGCAUCUGCCAGAAUGUGGCGCCCACACUGACCAUGCUGUGCGCUAAGACUGGAUUGCUCUUUGUGCCGCCAGCCAUCGACCGGCGUGUGGUGGAGCUGCGGCUCACUGACAACUUCAUCGCAGCCGUCCGCCGCCGAGACUUCGCCAACAUGACCAGCCUGGUGCACCUCACCCUCUCCCGUAACACCAUCGGCCAAGUGGCAGCCGGCGCCUUUGCUGACCUCCGUGCCCUCCGGGCCCUGCACCUGGACAGUAACCGCCUAGCCGAGGUGCGUGGUGACCAGCUCCGUGGCUUGGGCAACCUCCGCCACUUGAUUCUCGGCAACAACCAAAUCCGCCGGGUGGAAUCGGCGGCCUUCGACGCCUUCUUGUCCACUGUGGAGGACCUGGAUCUGUCCUACAACAACCUUGAGGCCCUGCCCUGGGAGGCCGUAGGCCAGAUGGUGAACCUGAACACCCUCACUCUGGACCACAAUCUCAUCGACCACAUCGCAGAAGGUACCUUUGUUCAGCUUCACAAACUGGUUCGCCUGGACAUGACCUCCAACCGCCUCCAUAAACUGCCCCCUGAUGGGCUCUUCCUGAGGUCGCAAGGCCCUGGGCCCAAACCGCCCACGCCACUCACAGUCAGCUUUGGAGGCAACCCCCUGCAUUGCAACUGCGAGCUGCUCUGGCUCCGGAGGCUGACCAGAGAGGAUGACUUAGAGACCUGUGCCACCCCUGAGCACCUCACUGACCGCUACUUCUGGUCCAUCCCUGAAGAGGAAUUCCUGUGCGAGCCCCCACUGAUCACACGGCAGGCGGGGGGCCGGGCUCUGGUGGUGGAGGGCCAGGCAGUCAGCCUGCGGUGCCGAGCCGUGGGUGACCCUGAGCCAGUGGUGCAUUGGGUGGCACCUGAUGGGCGGUUGCUGGGGAACUCGAGCCGGACCCGGGUCCGAGGGGAUGGGACAUUGGAUGUAACCAUCACCACCUUGCGUGACAGCGGCACCUUCACUUGCAUCGCGUCCAAUGCCGCUGGGGAAGCCACGGCACCUGUGGAGGUAUGCGUGGUACCUCUGCCUCUCAUGGCGCCUCCGCCGGCUGCCCCACCUCCUCUCACGGAGCCUGGCUCCUCUGACAUCGCUACGCCCGGCAGACCUGGUGCCAACGAAUCAGUUGCUGAGCGCCGGCUGGUGGCAGCGGAGCUCACGUCCAACUCUGUGCUCAUCCGCUGGCCAGCGCAGAGGCCAGUCCCCGGCAUCCGCAUGUACCAAGUCCAGUACAACAGCUCUGCUGAUGACUCCCUCGUCUACAGGAUGAUUCCCUCCACCAGCCAGACCUUCCUGGUGAAUGAUCUGGCGGCAGGCCGAGCCUACGACCUGUGUGUGCUGGCAGUCUAUGACGACGGGGCCACGGCGCUGCCAGCCACGCGAGUGGUGGGCUGCGUGCAGUUUACCACGGCUGGGGAUCCGGCGCCUUGCCGCCCACUAAGGGCCCACUUCUUGGGCGGCACCAUGAUCAUUGCCAUCGGGGGUGUCAUUGUCGCCUCAGUCCUCGUCUUCAUCGUUCUGCUCAUGAUCCGCUACAAGGUCUACGGCGACGGAGAUGGCCGCCGCGUCAAGGGCACCUCCAGGUCGCCCCCGCGGGUCAGCCACGUGUGCUCGCAGACCAACGGCACUGGCGCGCCCCAGGCCCCGCCCCCGCCGGCGCAAGACCGCUACGAGGCGCUACGUGAGGUCGCUACGCCUGCUGCAGCAGCGGCCGCGGAAGCAAAGGCCACGGCGGCCGAGAUUACUUCCGGAGAGGCGGAGGCGGCCAUUGGACGCUCCCUGGGCGGCUCUGCCACUUCGCUGUGUCUGCUGCCGUCGGAGGAAAUCUCCAGGGAGGAGUCUCGGGCCGCAGUGGGUCCUCGGAGGAGCCGUUCUGGGGCCCUUGGGCCGCCAGCUUCGGUGCCUGCCACUCUAGCUCUGGUUCCUGGGGGGGCCCCGGCCCGUCCGAGGCCUCAGCAGCGCUAUUCCUUCGACGGGGACUACGGAGCGCUCUUUCAGAGCCACAGUUACCCGCGCCGCGCCCGGCGGACAAAGCGCCACCGGUCCACACCGCACCUGGACGUGGCUGGAGGGGGCGCGGCCGGGGAGGACGGAGACCUGGGACUGGGCCCUGCCAGGGCACGCCUGGCCUUUACCAGCACCGAGUGGAUGCUGGAGAGUACCGUGUGAGCGGCGGGCGGGCGCCGGGACGCCUGGGUACAGCAGACAAACGCCCAGCCGCCGGGACGCAGGGGCAGGACUUGGGGGAGAAAGCACAGCAUCAAGACCUCUGACUGAAUCGGAGACGGGCCCUUCUCCUCCUUGGAGGAGGCGCUGCUGCCUCGGGCUAAGGCUCGAGACCACGCCCCCUUCCCCUGGGCAGUUAGGGGGCAGACCGACAGGCUCUCCUCCAGGUACUCUUCGCCCACUCCUGCCCCUCCCCCCGCGCACUCGCGGACCUCGCUGGAGCCGGUGCCUUACACAGCGAAGCGCGGGGAGGGGCAGGGUCCCCCUAACACUGCAGCACUGAGACACGAGCCCCCUCCCCCUGCCCGGGACCCAGGGCAGGGGCGAGGGACCCAUUUCUUGUAUCUGGCUGGACUAGAUCCUGUUCUGUCCUGCGGCGGCCUCCAAAGCCCCCACCCCCACCCCCUUCACUUCCCUGGUUCCAUCGGGUCUGGCUUGGGGUCCCUUUUUCUCUGUUCCCUUCUUUUGUCACUGUACGCUCUGUCUUCUCUGUGUUAUGUCUCUGUUCCUUCCUAUUUGUCUCUAUUUUCUCUGUCCUGUCUCUUUUUCUUCUGCCCUCCCGUAUUUUGUCCAAUUUCCCUGUCCCGAUUACCUCCCCCAAUUACACAUUCUCCCGGGCAGGUCCCACUGGAAGGACCAGACUCUCCCUAUUCCUUCCUCUUUCCCCAAAUAAAUACCCAUAUGCACAAAGUCCAAAACAAAGUCCUCCUCCAUACCGGAGCC